GGUAACGGGUUUUGGGGUUUCCCGGCCUCUCCUCCCGCCGUCGCCGGGACGUUGCCGCCUGCGGUCGGGCAGCCGGAAAGGCCGAGGCUGGAUCCGCGGCUCCGGGUGAUGCUGGAUCGGGGUCGGCGGCCGGAAACCCGGGCUCCGGGGACAGGAUCAACCUGAACCCCAGAGCGGGGCGGAGCGAACAGAGCGGCAGCGAUGGAGCCCGAGUGGAGCUCCCUGUUUGCUCUGAUGUUAGUGAUCUCUCCAGCCAGUGCUCAGGAUUCGGAUCUUGAUGGAGCUUGGUCUGAUUUUUGGAUUCUGCGUUUUUUUAUUAAUCUUGCUGGUUAUACAACCAUCAUCCUCCCAGGUUAUCUGCUUGUUCAGUACUUCAAGAGGAAAAACUAUCUGGAGACAGGCCGAGGUCUCUGUUUCCCUCUUAUUAAAACCUGCGUGUUUGGGAAUGAGCUAAAGUCUGGAGGGCAGGAAGAACCUGCUCCAACUUCACGAACUGAGGGGACAGAAUCAUCCUUCACCAAACAGACGUUAAAGCUGCUGGCCUGUGUCAUUGGACUGCAGGUUUCCUACCUGACCUGGGGGGUUCUACAGGAACGAGUGAUGACCAAAGCAUACGGGAGAACAGAGACUGAUCCUGGGGUGAAGUUCCGCGACUCCCAGUUCCUGGUUUUUAUGAAUCGUAUCCUGGCUGUCACAGUCGCCGGCCUGUGCUGUGCUCUCACAAAGCAACCUCGCCACGGGGCACCCAUGUAUAAAUAUUCCUUCGCCUCUAUCUCCAACAUCUUGAGCAGCUGGUGCCAGUACGAAGCCUUGAAGUUCAUCAGCUUUCCCACUCAGGUACUGGCCAAGGCUUCCAAAGUCAUUCCCGUCAUGUUGAUGGGCAAGAUCGUGUCCCGCAAGAGCUACGAGUACUGGGAGUAUCUGACAGCCAUGCUCAUCUCAGCUGGAGUCAGCAUGUUCCUCCUGUCCAACACUCAGAACAAACACCCGUCCACUGUCACCACUUUCUCCGGCAUUGUGAUCCUGGCUGGUUACAUCCUCUUUGAUAGCUUCACCUCCAACUGGCAGGACGCCCUUUUCAAGUACAAGAUGUCCUCUAUCCAGAUGAUGUUUGGAGUGAACCUCUUCUCCUGUCUCUUCACAGUUGGCUCUCUCCUGGAGCAGGGAGCUUUCUUCCAGUCUCUAGCCUUCAUGCUGCAGCACCCAGAGUUUGCCUUUCAUGCUGGACUGCUGUCAAUCUGCUCUGCCUGUGGACAGCUCUUUAUCUUCUACACCAUCAGCCAGUUCGGAGCUGCCGUCUUCACCAUCAUCAUGACACUCCGUCAGGCCUUUGCCAUCCUCCUGUCCUGCCUUAUCUACGGCCAUUCAGUCACCAUGGUGGGUGGCCUGGGGCUGGCCACUGUCUUCCUCUCCCUUUUCCUGCGGGUAUACGCGAGAAGCCGGAUGAAGAGUAAGAAGAGGACAGCCCAGUGCCAGACCCCUGUGCAGAAGGUGUAACUGAAAGCAAGGCUCAUCGUCAGGCUGGUUUUCGAUAGACACUUAGUAUGUUGGACAGUCUUGUUUCUACAUCCGUUAGUGAGGGGACUGCAGUGGACAUUCACCAUUGGAAAAUGGAUUAGAAUGGAGAUGAGACAGCAUGUCCAGAACAGCUUCCCACCUUCACUCAGCUCCCGUUCAUCCCCAAGACACAGCCCACACUCCCUAUCCCCACCCAGACAGAACACACAGGUACAGAGCCCUCACUCCCUAUCCCCACCCAGACAGAACACGCAGGUACAGAGCCCACACUCCCUAUCCCCACCCAGACAGAACACACGGGUACACAGCCCACACUCCCUAUCCCCACCCAGACAGAACACACAGGUACAGAGCCCACACUUUAUCCCCACCCAGACAGAACACACAGGUACAGAGCCCUCACUCCCUAUCCCCACCCAGACAGAACACACAGGUAAACAGCCCACACUCCCUAUCCCCACCCAGACAGAACACACGGGUACACAGCCCACACUCCCUAUCCCCACCCAGACAGAACACACAGGUACAGAGCCCUCACUCCCUAUCCCCACCCAGACAGAACACACAGGUAAACAGCCCACACUCCCUAUCCCCACCCAGACAGAACACACGGGUACACAGCCCACACUCCCUAUCCCCACCCAGACAGAACACACAGGUACAGAGCCCUCAGUCCCUAUCCCCACCCAGACAGAACACACAGGUAAACAGCCCACACUCCCUAUCCCCACCCAGACAGAACACACAGGUACAGAGCCCACACUCCCUAUCCCCACCCAGACAGAACACACGGGUACACAGCCCACACUCCCUAUCCCCACCCAGACAGAACACAUGGGUACAGAGCCCACACUCCCUAUCCCCACCCAGACAGAACACACGGGUACACAGCCCACACUCCCUAUCCCCACCCAGACAGAACACACAGGUACAGAGCCCACACUCCCUAUCCCCACCCAGACAGAACACACAGGUACAGAGCCCUCACUCCCUAUCCCCAC